AUGGACCCACCUUCGCCCCUCACGACCAAUGGUCAUAUCCUCUACCUUGCCAGCAGAGCAAACCCUGCUGCAUUGCCCGGCACACCCCGAGUGGAAACGUCAGGCCGGCAGAACACCCUAGAGGAUAGGAUGGAAGCCCUGCAGCGGGAAAUGGCAAAGAUGCAGGAACACAACAACAUCCUUUCCUCCAAACUAGACGACACUCAGAAAUAG